ACCGACCGUCAGAUUUUUCGACUGAUAAACGCAAAAAUAAUGAUAUUGUUAUUUUCUCCGUAGAUAUCUCAUAAAAUCGUUUUAUAAUCGUAAACUAAAACACUCGCUUACAAUGGAAGACGUUCUGGAUGAGGUGGUUUCCUCGGAAGAUUUGCAAAAGUUCGAGAAAGUGUUCCACGAGCAGCUGCACCAGGGCCGCGUCACGCACAAGGCGCAGUUCGAGUACGCGUGGUGCCUGGUGCGGAGCCGUUACCCCACAGACAUCAAGAAGGGUAUCCUACUCCUGAAGGAGUUGUUUAACUCGCAUCCCGAAGGCAAGCGGGACUACCUGUUCUACCUGGCCAUCGGCAACGCGCGCAUCAAGGAGUACAACAAGGCGCUGCACUUCGUCAAGGCUUUCUUGGAGAUUGAGCCUGCCAACCAGCAGGUGCUGGCGUUAGAGCGGCAAAUCAACAAGCGCAUGGAGAAGGAGGGGCUGAUCGGCAUGGCGGUGGCGGGCGGCGCCGUCAUCGCCAUCGGCGGCCUCGUCGGGCUCGGCAUCGCGCUCGCCUCCUCCAAGAAAUAGCAGUUGGCCAUGCUAAUGAAUGUCGCGGUCGGCAUUCAUUACUUCCUCACCAAGAAGAAGCGCCAGGAGUAAACGGGCUUGUUUAGUGCACUGUACAAACAUACAAACAAACAAACAACAAACUAGACUGACACCAAUUAAAUAAGGAUCGCUCCAGGGAUUUUGUGUUUCUGUCGAACGUAGCUUAGUAUAUUUAUAUGUAUAUGCGUAAUUACGGUUUUAAUUUUAGGCACUUUAAUUGUAAGAGUAUUGUUAUUUAUGAUGAUUAGAAAUAGUUGUGUCGAUGGAUUCCAUUAAAUAAAUAUUUUUGUUUUU